UCUGGAAGGCUGGGGUGCAAGGCCAUUUUUGUUGGCUAUAAGCAAGAUCUUCAGGACUAAAGGGCGUACACAGCUCUUCUAAAAAUAAGGGUUUAUGUCAGAGAUGAAACUGAAUUCCACUUGGGCAAGAUAUGUUCUUAUGUGCAGAAAACAGAAAACAACACCAUGAUUCCUGGUGGCAAAUCAGAGAAAACCAGAGUAAUCUGCGGAAAGGUAGCUCGUACCCAUGGAAACAGUGGCAUGGUUCAUGCCAAAUUCAGAAGCAGCCUUUCUGUUAAGGCCAUUGGGCACACAAUCCAUGUGACACUGUACUGCUCAAGGAUUUGA